AUGGAUGAAGCCCCUAAAAAAUUCCCAAUCUCAAUGAUUUCAUCAUCAGAAGAGUCUUCGGAUUUGGAGUGGGAAGAUGAGUUAAUGGUUGUGGAUUCGUACGAAGGCGACAGCGAUGGAGACGACAAGGAUGAUGGAAGUAGUAAGAAUAGGAGGAAGGUUGAGAGUCCAGCAAAAACAAAUCAAGAUGACAAGGACAAGGACAAGGACAAGGACGUUGGAAGUAGUAAGAAGAGGAGGGAGAUUGAGAGUCUUGCAAAACAAAAUCAAGAUGAUAAGGACAAGGAUGUUGGAAGUAGUAAGAAGAGGAAGAUUGUGAGUCCAGCAAAAACAAAUCAAGAUGACAAGGAUGUUAGAAGUAGUAAAAAGAGGAGGAAGAUUGUGAGUCUAGCAAAAAAAAAUCAAGAUGACAAGGAAAAGGAUGUUGGAAGUAGUAGUAAGAAGAUUUUAAGUCAAGCAAAAACAAAUCAAGAUGAUAAGGACAAGGACAAGGAUGAUGGAAGUAGUAGUAAGAUGAUUGUAAGUCCAGCAAAUCCAGACGGCUAUCCUCGGUUGGCGUCGUUUCUAAGACAGAACCAUAUGGAAGAAGCGCUUCAACGGAAUUGGACAGUGAUUGGGAAUGAGAAUGCGUCAAAGCUACAACAACAAUGGAUGCCGCGAUGGACUAUAUAUGAAGAAAGCAUGAAUGAGAUCAUGGAAUUGCAGGAGAUUAAUGGUUUAAUGAUGCUUUUGAAUGCAUCAAAUCCUAGCAUGCCUGAUCUUAUCUCAGAUGAAUUUGAGGAUUAA